AAAAUUAUGAAAAUUGCUUAGUAAAGGGAUUUAGUUGAAUUCGAUUUCUGGGCCAGGCUACAUCAGCUGUAAUUUUUGAUGGCUAGAAGACCACCCCCGAUACCGGCAACGCACGAGCGUACGCCCGGUCCACUGGGUCAGGAUACCAGGGCCAACAAUGAGAAGUUCCUCAGGGAUGUCAUCGAAACGACCAACAAGUAUCGCCAGAUGCAUGGCUGUCCCAAGUUGAAGGUCAACAACGAGCUGAACAAGCUCGCCCAGGAAUGGGCCAAUCACUUGCGGGAUAAAAACAUUAUGGAGCAUCGACCGAAACCCAAAUACGGCGAGAAUAUAUUUUUGUCUGGCGGCAUGGAUGUUACGGGCGACCUGCCCGUGGAUAUGUGGUAUCGGGAAAUAAACGCAUUCAAUUUUGAUAAGCCCGACUUUACGCCCACCUCUGGCCAUUUCACACAACUGAUCUGGAAGUCCUGCACAGAUAUAGGAGCUGGCGUCGCACGCAGAGCGGAUCGUACCUGGGUGGUGUGCAAUUAUCAUCCGCCUGGUAAUAUAGUCGGACAAUUUAAAGAGAAUGUCCCUAGAAAGCUGUAGUUAUUAUAAUACAAUAUCGCAUCGCAUCAAAAAAUGUAAUACGGGUCCAGGAAUUUUGAUUGUACAUAGCGCUAACCAUACAGUGGCGACUGCUUGGUAUGCAUUUUAUAUACAAACUGAGAACUAUUAAAGCAA